AAUCAUACAAAUGCAAUUUACUGUCAUUAUUAUUCUUAUUAUCUACAUUACAUAUGCCGUGAUUUUAUGUUGGCAGGGUGUUGCUGCCUCAUAAGAGCUCUUUGAAACUAGAGCUGUAUCUGCAAUGAUGCUGCUUAACAUAUCAAAGCUGGCUGAUUAAGCCCAGCAUUCAUUUCAAGUGUUCACCUGACCCAGAGCAUGAAUUGGUCCAUUCAUUUCACUCCUCUGCUAAGCAACACAUGUUGCUGAUGAGUGUUUGUGCGCAGUGUGUGCAGAUGCUUAGGCACCUAUCACAGGGACAGUAUUAUGUCUCAAAGAUGUGGAUGGUGGUUUAUCUUCUCUUUAGUCUACAGAGGUUUAUCUGAUCAAACUGAAGAAUGGUGUGUUUAGCAGUAUAGCCAGUGUAUGGUCAGAUAGCCACUGCUAUGGCAAGUGCAAAUGCAGAGAAACAGCGGCCUUGUAGGCGCCCAUGGAGGAAGAGGACUCAAAGUCUUACAGGCAGGCUGUUCUGCUGCUCAUGUUGGCGAGGUGAGGAGAGGGAUACUCUGCAGGAGCAGGAAAAGAAGAUGAGUGCAGGCCCUAAGCAUUCACACUUGGAUCAAGGGGAAUCAAGGGAGAGGAAGGCUAUCCAGAUUACAGUAGAGGAUCUGGGAAUAGUUAACACCAGCUUCACCCUGUUCGAGGAGGACCCCGUCACCUUGAUGAACAGCAUGGUCCGCUCAGCCAGCUCUGCGUCAGCCUGCCGGAGGGCUCUGAAAAAGCAACGCCUGAAGCCUCUGUCUUCACUCCCUAUAGAGUCCCAGGCCCAAGCGGCCAUCACUUCUACCAGUGGAGAAGAUGAUGAAGAAGACGAGGAAGACCCGUUGCUGUUUGAGAGUGGCACUGAUGACACACCAACUUGCGAUAGCCUCCUGACACCACCUGUUAUUAAUCUGAUCCCUCCCACUCCCUCCAACGUUGUUGACGAUGAUCAGUUCUUUGACAGGAAUUCAGAAGAAAGUGUAGCACAUACAUCUGGCAGUGAUGGAACCUUUGCUGCUAGUGACCAGGAGAGUUAUGAGGAAAAGAUGGAGAGUGUGGAGAAAGAGGAGUCAACAGAGGAAUUCACACUGGCUGAGAAUAAGGUCAGUGCUGAUUAUACAGCUGAGCCUGAAGAGGACCCAAGUGAUGAGUGUGGAGAAGAAAGAGAGGCUAUGACAGCCAAAGAGGGGGAUGAAGAGAAAACAAAGUCCAGGUUCUUACGUUGCGCCUACCAGGUGGCUCCUCUCCCUAAGUACCCCCAGAAAAGAAACUUCAACACUGGAAUAAAUCUUUUGUCAUUUACUGAGCACAACUUGGAUGAACUGAGUAACAGAGAUGUGAGCUGCUCCAACAUGCUGAAAGCUGAACACUGUCGGCUUCCUCACGCAGUCAACAUGGAGACAUUUACUCAUCAAAGGAGGCCAGUAACGCGCUCCUGCAGUUUUGGAGACACACUAACCAGGAGCGCUACUUUCCACGCUUUAACCCAGAACACAGAGCACCAGGAAGAGGAGGGGGCGCCCCGACAACGACGCAUAACCGUUGCAUCGUAUAUGCCGUCUAUUCCGUCUAAGGAUCAGAAUGGAAACUUCCCUGAGAAGGACGUUGACAGGCAAGUGGCCAAAUGUCUUCGGGAGCUGAACACAGAUGAAGUCUGCCAAUGGUUUACCAGCAUUGGACUACAGAAAUGUCUUCCUUUCAUCAGAGAAGUAAAACUGUGUGGAGCAGAUAUCGCUUUGGUGGAUGUGAAGACUCUGGACAUCCUCCAUAUCGCAACACUGGAAGAUAGGGAGCUGCUUCUGUCGGCCAUUUAUAAUGAGCUGCACCCCCCCAGCAAUGUCACCCAGACACUCAACUCUCUGCUUGAAUCCUUAGGCCCUACUAACGUUGAGACAUUCACUGCAACAUUAGCGUCAAUGAGCAAAUCUAAGUCCUCUCCUCAUGUGAGCUGCCUGAGAAUGAAUCGGCGUUCCCUCAAUCUCAGAAACAACAGCCAAAACUACAAGGUGCAGAGGAACUCUCAACUGAUAGAGAUUACUAUUAAUGCAUCUGAGCAGAUAGUUCAUCUCAGAACUCCAAAGGAAACAACAGUGGGAAAAAUCAUGGAGUCAUGCAUCAAAAUGUUGGGAAUGACAGAAGAUAAGAGCCUUUUCAUACUGAAAGAAAAACAAGGUUCAUCAGAGGAGCUCCCACCAGAUCAGCAGAUUGGGAAUCUACUGACAUUGACAUCAGAGAACAGACAAUUGGAGCUCCAUUUGAGUAAAAGGGAGAAGUCAUCAGAUACGGAUUCACACAGUAAUCCAGAACUCAACAGCGCUAAUGAGAACAGCAAUGUCAACAAAAAUGUGGAAGUGAACCAGCGAACUAAAGAAGAGAGGAUCAGGGAGCUAAACCAACAGGUGGACUCGCUACAAAAUGUCAUCCUUCAGGUCCAGGAGCUCCACCACGGUCUUGUGGCAUUUUGCUCAGAGAUAAAGAACAUGGAUGGAGAUUUGGAUGUAGACAGGCUCGGCUCUGCGGAGCUGAUGCAGAGAUUGGAGUUGGUUAAAAGCCAACUCAAUGAGAAGAGGCAGAGCCUGCAGACCCUCAGAGACAACAUUAACAACUCCAUGGCUCACAAGAAGAAACAGUUGGACGUUCGUCUCUUGGAAAAGAUGAAGCUGAACUGCCAAGUGUUUAAGGAGGAGAUUUCCAUGGUACAUCUCAACCGGCAGGCGGCUCACCUCCAAAAUGCUUUGCAAGAAAGCUAUGUUAAGGAGAAAGCUCGGAAAAAAAGUUUGGACAUUGCUAGCCUGAGUCAGCUGGUGUCACAGCAGUCUCCUGCCAUGCUACUGGUUGUACAGGAGAACCACAACUCUGAUGGCCAUUAUGGCUUUACGUGUCGCUACAGAGAAGACAGCGGACUGGUGGUGGUCAAGGUGGACAACUCUCACCUCUGUGUGGAUGACAGAUUGGUGGAGGUGAAUGGUGUGCCGGUGGUCAACUCUACACAGGAAGAGCUGACUGACAUCCUGCUGCAGGGACCCAGCGCUAAAAUAGUUGUCCUUCGCCAGACCCCACCAACCCCCACCUCCCGGCAGCCGCCUCUGGUCCUGCAGCGCAUCGUCAACCCUAAUCCCAUGCAAAUAAUUUGCCCAGAAAGUGAUGUGACCACCAUGGAAACCCCUCCACAGCGGAAGGUAAUGGCCAUCUGACGAUAUGACGGACAGAAAAUAAACAACUACAGAGACUCAGAGAAACGGUGGUGAUGAUGUCUGUCUGGGAAUGACCCAUAAUGUGAAAUACCAUUUGUUAGUUAUUUACCUCCAUAUGUCAACAUGUUUACUGUAUUAAUGAAAUGUUCUUUGUAGAUGUUUGCCAAAAGCCUUGUAGUUAGGUAUGACAAAUAGUAACAUGGCUGGGUUUUUGUGUACUUUAAAACCUCACCACAUGUACAUAACUUCUUGGUAGUUACUCGUAAUGUAUAAUCCAUAUUGUUUCAAUGUAUGUGCAGAACAAUGGCCAUGAAAAAUAUAUUUCUGGAAACGAAAACAAAGAACACAAACAAAGACUACAUUCACUUCUUUUUUUUCUAUUUGGAUCUCUUCUUGUUCUACAGCAUAUUUGUGGUAUGAGAGAAAAUAAAUAGUAAAAGGAAGAAACACAGAGACAGCGCUUUACUCCACUGGAUAUGUACUGUAAUAAGAAUUUAUUUUUAGCAUCCAGCAGGGUAAUAUCUGAAGUUGCAAUGUAAGCCUGAUGAGGACACAGCAUGCUCCCCCUUUUUAAGGUACAGAUGGAACAGGAUAGAGUAAAAAAAAAAAGUAUAACAACAACACGCCCAAAAGCUUUAUAUCCUGAUUUCUCUUUGAGGAUUAGACACUAGGACGGUGUGGUUUAGUGUUCAGAGCAGAAGAAUAUUUAAAAAACGAGUCACGUCUUCCCUUUGUAUGUUGUAAUGUAAUCCACUGUGCUGUAGAAAAUAAACCCUUGGGCCCGGAAA